AUGGCAGAGAGUAUAGUAUACGAAGAUACUCCAUUUGCAGAGUAUCUAGCUGAAAUAGGCAGCGAAGAAGAACUCAUACAACAACCAGAAAUAUACAACUGCGAUAAAGAGGAGAAGAAAAAGGUUAUGAGUGAGAGACUAUGGAAGACAUCGGCCGAGGUUGUGUCUUAUGUCAAGGAAGCACUCUCGACUGCUCUCCCAGCACACGAAGAAACUCAUUUUGAAGAGCGUUUUAAAUACAUUCUAUGCACAUCCCACCUUCUCAAUGACACCAUGAGAAAUUUCGAGAUAAUUCUAAGUACGGCUAUCGGGAUCAUGAUUAUUAUAUUGUUGACACUUAUUUUUGGAAACGAGAGCGAACAAUUCAGCAAUGGUGUGGGUGUUUUGAUAAAACUGCCGAUAGUUGUAUUGGUGGCGUUGACGGUAUCAUUCUUGUUAUAUAGGAGAAUGAGACGAAAAGCAAUGAAAACGCUUCAUGACUCUGCUUUAUACUUUUUGGAGAGCUUGGUCUACCACUGCCAAAUAUUUGAUUUGAAAAUAAACCGCGCAUUGAUUAUGAUCCAGGAAAUAGAACUGGUCUCCCGUGGUUAUCGUCUUUCAAUGCCACUCUCUCCAAUCACUCGAAUCGAACAAUACUCCAAGUCCCGUCGAUGUCUUGCGCUAAGAGAAGUCCUCCGACGUCUUCUUUGCGAGGCUUUUAUGGCUUAUCGACGUGCAAUAAUUACCAUUCAACCCGAAGUUAACAAGGCGAACUUGGAACUAAUGUUCGAAAUGUACAAUAUUAUCAGUGAUAAUGAGUCGGACGAAUGGAACCUUGAUGACGACGAAGAAGACGAUGUAAAUUCGUUGGAUCAUCUAAAGAAAUGUUUUCACAAGACGCAUUAUAUGAGAAGAGAGUUACUAUGUCACUUUCUUGCUCUGGGUAUAAUGACUCCUGGACGUGAUUCUCACCGUAGAGAUUAUGAACAGCAUUGGGCAAAUGUUAACGAGCAUUUGAACGAAUUGGGAGCUGUCACUGGAAAGUUGGUGGAUAAUGUCAUUACUGCAUGUGCGACCGAGCCAUAUACUAUUCCAUCGUCUAAACAGGAUAUCUUGGCUAAGCAUGCUCCGCUCGCGGAAGAUAAGACUUUGAGGGCUUUUCUACAUAAGCUAGCUGCAAUGGAACAGAGCAUGCGAGGUAUUCAAGCAAAAUUGUAUAUCUGUAACGAAGAUACAAGAAAAUAUUUCGAUAAUGAAGAUGGCUCUUCCGUAGCGGAUCUUAUUAGUGAAAGUGAUAAGGAGGUUCUGAUGAAUCAAUAUUAUUCGAUCAGCCAAGACAUCAACUACAUGAUAGGCGAAUGGGAGACGGGUAAAGAAGCAUUAAGCAACAUAAUUGAACCGAAAAAUAGGGUACCAGCUUCACGGAACUCUGUUGAUGAGGAGGAAACCUCACGGUCAGAGACUGUGAGUAGCGAAACGGACAAUGACGAGAACAGUUCGCAGAAAACAGUAAUUGACUGGACACAAAUCGAUGAACCACUUGACGUUCCCGAACAGUAUUUCGAAGCUGAUGCUGAGCCAGAAGUUAAAAAGAAAUUGACGAGAGAAGAAAGGAUUAUUGUCCAGAGAGCUAAGCGUGAAGAAGAGACCAGAAUCAGAGCAGCACGACAAGACAGCGAAAAGAUGGUCCAUGAACUUAAAGAUGUAUUGAAUCGACGCAAAAGACGUAGCAUCGACUUGGAUCCUGAAACUCUGCAGUUGACUCAACCUCAGAACAUCACGCCAUUACCGGAUACACGGGUUCCCAUUGCAAUGCACUGA